UCUUAUCGUUAUCGCGUAUGUUUGGUUAUCGGUUUCCUGCUCGCGGACAAAGAUUAAGAUGUCGGAAAACCAAAAUAAACAAAGCUGCCUGCAUUGUAGAGUAUUCAAUCCGAAAUUCAAGUACCAGGAGAUAUUUGACGAGUUUGGAACCGAGCUGGGCCUGCAAUCCUUGCUAGCCAAGCACUUUGACUUCAAUGUGACACCAAACUCCAACGAGCAGCAGCUGCUGUGCGAAGUUUGCGUCAACAGUUUAAUCCGCCUCUUUGACAUCGAUGAACUGCAGCGGGAACAGGAUGCGGCGAAGGAUAAAACCAAGGAGCCUGCUCCUGAACAGAAAGUAUCGGUGGCUAUCCCAGAAUCCAUGGCAGUGCCAACACCACCUGAGCAUCAUGCAGCACAACAGGUUGCUUCUCCAAAGGCUAAGACCGUUAAAACAGUACCAGCUGUUCCAAAAAGAGAGCACAGUCUUCGCAUCAACAAGGAUCCAUCAAAACCACUCCAGAUUGCUCCUACUACUUCCCAGGAUUUUGAUAACGCCAAGGAGCAGCCUAUUUCAGCUCCUCCCGCCAAACAAUCAAAAGGAGUUCCAAAGGAAUCGGAACAGGAGCAGAUCAGUCGCCUCAUUUGCAACAUCCUGAACGACGAUGAGGUGAUCGUUGAAGAGGUUUCAGCCCCAGUUCCAGAGGAAGUUGAAAAGCAUGAGGAAAUAGUCCUGCUGGACAGCGAAUCUAUCCCUGACACGGAUAUAGAUCAGGAGGAAUUCAUUUACGACCAUGAAGAUAUCCUUGACCCGGUGCUGCCUGAUUUAAAGUUAAAGCCAGAGACUCGAGCGAAAGUGGAAGCAGAGGAUAGUCAGAGUGAAGUAGAGGUCGAUGGAAGCGAAUCUAGCAAUGUCAUUAUCUUCAACUUUGUUGAGAUCAAAGAUCAUGAUGAUAUUGGUAACAUCCUCGAAUACCUUUCCACGGUGGUAAAGACCAGCUUUGAGAAACUCUCAUUCGACUGGUCCACUGAUUGCAAACACUGCUCCAAAAAGUUUCAAACCUUUAACUCUCUCUUAAGUCAUAUGCUAACAGCUCAUAAGACUAGAGGUAAUGUCUUCAGGUGUCCUCUAAAGAACUGCAGCAAGGAGCUAAAAGGGGUCAAAUUUCUGGCCAUGCAUUUGGUGCUCAUGCAUGCAAAAGUGGGAGACAUUCCAAUCUAUGGCAGUUGUCCGGAGUGCAAAAUGACGUUUUCAAACAUUCUUCAAUACAACAAACACUCCUGCGCCCAUGUCAUCAAAAAGAAGCGAGGUGUCCGGCUUUAUUGCGAAAUGUGUGCCUUGGACUUUCCUUCCUGGAAGCGUUUCAACUUUCACAAUCAAUUUCAUCUGGAGAAGCACAGGCCCCGUAAUUGUUUCAUCUGCGAUUAUGCCAGCAAUAAUAUUGACGAACUAUUCCAGCACCUGAAUUACUUCCAUGAGCCAGAAGGAACUCUUUUCUGUGAUAUUUGUGAUCGCACCUUCCGAGAUCCCGAGGUUUUCACAGAGCACAACAAAUCCCAUACCAAUGUUAAUGGCACCACCUUCACCUGCGUUGAGUGCAUGGCCAUGUUCGAGUCUCGGGGUCGAUUAAAUGGGCACAUGAGAGCUAUGCAUGGCAGUGCCAUAAGCUGCGAGUUGUGCUCCCGGGAGUUCGCCAGCGAGGCCACCUACAACGUCCACAUGAAGAAACACUUGAUCAUCGAAAGGGAUGUCAACGUGUGCAGCAAAUGCGGCCAGUUAAGCGAUAGCCACAAGAACAUGCAGGAUCAUGUGAAUAACGAGGAAUCCCCUUGUUUUCAAGCAAAGGUUCUUACGGAACUCCUUCGCGAUGCCUAUGUUUGCGAGCACUGCUCGCUGUACUUUAAAGAAAAAAAUGACCUGCAGUGCCACCGAAAAACGGGAGUGCAUAAGAACGGGUUGUAUUGGUGCCAACCGUGUGGCAAGGAGUUUUCUCACAUGAAACUAUACCGUCACCAUAUUCGUAACUUUCAGCAAAUAAGGGGGGAUGCCACACACCGCAAGCUGGAGAUCUGUGUUUUCUACAUGUGUGAUCAGGAGGGCUGUUCUGAGGCUUAUGCCAAUUGGAAUUCCUUGUAUACGCACAAGCGAAGAACACAUGAGACUUCCAGCAAGCAGGCUAACAAAACUUCAAAGUCUGAACAGGAGUGGGUUUGCCAGUUCUGUUUGAAGCAGUGCCGUUCCAAGAUGUCCUUGUCAGUUCAUGUAGCCAGAAGCCACAAUAAUGACAAUGUUGUCUGCCCUUUGUGUAAUGCUUCUUAUAAGAACCAGGAAGCCUUGAACAAGCACCAUGCCUACUGGCACGAGCCCAUCGAAUGUCCCCAGUGCUUUAAAAUUGUCAAAAACGUACGGAACUAUGAUACCCAUGUCAACGUGGUGCAUUCCAAUACGAAGCGGUAUGCCUGCAGUGUCUGCCAAAAGGGUUUCUAUCACAAAAGCGAAAUGGAGUCACAUCAGAGACUCCAUGGACAGUCAUACAAUUGUGACCAGUGCAGCUUCACCACCAGGAACAAGAAGUCUCUCUCUGUCCACGUUCUGGGUCAGCACUACAAACGCUUCGCUUUCGAAUGCAAGAUGUGCAGCAAGCGCUUUGGACGCCAACAGGGCCUGAACACCCACAUGCAGCGAGCUCACGGAUCAAAGUUCAUGUGCCGGGACUACUUUGAGGGCGGCUGUGGGCGCAGCUUCAUCAACAGUUCCCAGUUAAAUGUGCACGUACGAAAGGUGCACAAUGGCACUAUCUUCCUCACCGAGGAAGAGGAGGAUGAGUACAUCAGCGAUGGGCCAUCGACGUCUAAAAAACGAUGCUUUCGGAUCGACGAUGAUACCAACAUCGAGUUUAUAGAGGAUCCAGAAGCCACCCAAGAUGGAAUAGAACUUGAGCAUGAAAUCGAUGAGGAUGAUUACGGAGAGGAGGGUUUAGUUGCCACGUCAGUUGCCAAGAAUUGAGUUACAUUUAAAUUAAAUUUAAAAUUGUUUUGCUAAAGCAGAUUUAUUGGUUUGAUUUUCAUUUGUUUGCUAUCCAUAUUGUGAACACAAAUGAUGUCCGAAAAUGACAUUAACAUGUAUUCAAUAGUACAUAAUAUAAUUCUAGUGAUAACAUAAGCUAACUUUUCAAUUGCAUUUAACUAGCCAGAGUCUGGCGGAAGCAAAUUUGAUUUAUUAAGCGUUGUAGUUUGGUCAUUUAACUGCUGAAGAUUGUGUGCGGAGCUUACCUACAAUCGAGAAUAAAUUAUGUCAAGGUUGUGAAAUGAA